AUGUUUCUCACGUUUGGGUCAUCACGAGGUACCGACGAGCCCCCAUGUAAUCCCAAACAUGCAAAACGGAGCCGACGAAGGUCUACAACGCAUGCCUGCACAUCAUGCCGUCGCCGUAAGAUCAAAUGCGAUGGCGAGAAGCCCUGUGAGGCCUGUCAAUGGUACAAGACGCCCGAGUUGUGUCUCUACCCGGCACGCGCGUCAUCCCAAAUUCGCUUGGAGAAACCCGCGACAACAACAUCCAACUAUCGACGUACACUGGAAACGCUCUUUCCAGGCACUGUCCCAGAGGACCUCGUUCAUUUAUCACGAGAGCAGCUGUUGGAUUUGCUUACCUCAGUUGAACCCCAAAAUUCUAAUCAAGAUAUACACGCUGCGGCCCCGUCCGUAGACACUCAUGACUCGACGCUUUCGCAGGAAGAGACCGGUCUAGAGUCUCUGCAUUCGAUGCCAGACUAUGAAUUGGAUGAACAUGAUUUUACAAGCAACUCGGAUUCGAUCGAGCAUAUAUCAGACGACGUUAAUGCACUUUCCCUUUCGGCUCUGCAUACCACCUCCUACUUGGGUGUCUCAUCGAUACAGGCCGCAUUGAAAGUCAUUGCGUGGCUACACCCAGAGUUUGAGUCAGACUUUCCCCUCCCCGUGCACAAGGGAAAAAGCAGUUCAUUAUCCCACUCAUCACCAUCCCAACAUUUCUUACCAGCUGCGGAAACACAAAUUCUGGACGCAUAUUUCGUCAAUUUCCAACCGUUUUCGCCGCUUUUGGAUGAAAGAGAAUUCCGUGCGAGUCACUCCACUGGUCUGCGGAAGGACGAUAAAUGGCUAGCAUUGCUCAACAUUGUUCUCGCCCUGGGCACGAUCGCAAUCGCAGGUGCCGACGUUCAUACCCACCGGCCAUUUUUUGACCGUUCAAUGAGUCAUUUGAACCUGAGUUCGCUGGGGAACCCAAGCCUAGAAGUUGUGCAGGCCCUGGCACUCAUAGGUGGUUGGUACUGUCACUAUAUCAGUCAGCCGAAUCUUGGAUAUUCCUUGAUGGGUGCUGCUCUACGAAUGGCGGUUACGUUGGGCCUACACCGUGAACCACACAAGUAUAUGCCAGAUCCUGCAUGGACCGCCCACCAGGAACAUAAACGUCGCAUCUGGUGGUCACUUUCCUGUCUAGAGAUCUGGGGCCAUGAGACUCUUGGCCGGCUCGAGAAGGAAAAUUACUUGGAUAUUCUUCCAUUAAUAGAAAACAUCCGAUUCGUGAAGAUUGCCUCAAAAAUACAGGAUUCUCUCGCGGCUCUCCCAACCUUGCCGUAUGCGGAUAUGUUUGAUAUGGACUCCCAACUACUUCAAUGGUGGGAGAAUCUACCUCCGAUCCUAAAAGACUACGAGCCCUAUCCCGAGUCGUUGUACACGGUGCGAACUGUCAUGCGCUGGCGAUAUUACAAUCAACGUAUCUUACUUUAUCGACCCUCCCUCUUAAGCUUCGCGAUGCGACAGGUUCCAUUUAUGGCUGUCCGAACUGAGGACUGCACAGCGAUCCGGAAAUGCUGCGAAAUCGCUGAGAUACUGAUCCGAGACAUUUCAUUGACAACAGGGUUGAACCAAGUUGUUGGGUGGAAUGCUGUCUGGUUAUUAUUCCAGGCUACUAUGGUCCCAUUAAUUUGUUUGUCAGCUAGCACCGCAGAGGUCGAUUCCUUUACUUCCUUCGAUGGUUGCAAGACGCAGGUUGAAACAGCCUUAGUAACUCUUGAUCGCAUGCGGCCCUACGGACUCACUGCAGCACGUUCUUGCGAGGUUGUUUCUCGCCUUCUCGAAGCAAGUUUGCGUUGUCCCCCGAUGGGUCCAACUAAUGACAACUUUGCGGGGCUCGGCUCACAAGAUUUCUCAGUGGUGAACGCUUCAGAGAACUAUCAGCAAAUGAGUCAAGACAUGGUGUUCGACCAGAGUGCUAACUCCUUCGAAGAUUAUUGGUCCUAUUGCAUGUGGCAGUAUCUGAAUCUACCUACCCCCAACGAAAUGUGGCCAGAAAUCCCCAAUAUCAACUCUGAAAACGAGAUGAUUUGUCCCUUGGACCCUACAGGGGAAGGCGCAUAA